AAACCGGAACUACAUCCGGUAUUAUUUUCAUACAACAUCGAUGCGAGAAUUCGGACUGGCCGUCCAAAUUGCGAGGUGAAAUUUAUUGGCACAAAAAUCCUGAAAGAGAUGAAAGUUAUUCAGGAGUUGGCAACUUUGUACUCAGCUCUUCUGCUCCUAACUGGCGAAUCUGGAGAGCUAAAUUUUAGGGAGAGAGUGAUUAAAUACAAGGCCGAAGGCAGAGUGCACAAGCUGAAGUGGGUGUAUGAUGGAGUGGCAUGGGAUAUCCAGAGCGGCAUCAGUGUUAAGGCAAAGCACUAUAAGAGCAAACAUGGAGCGAUUGAACACGCUGUCAAGGAACUCAUUGACAAACUUGCAUCUCAUGGGAUAAUAACAAAGUGAUGUCCAAGUUCUCAGUGAACUGUAACAUGCUAGAUUCGCUUUCUGCUCCAUACUUCUUUCCUCACUGUCCCAUAACUUUGAACUUUUUUAAAGAGGGUGAACCGUUAGUCGUAAAACAGAAACAAAACGAAAUUUUCAGGCAUAAAAAUUGACAAAUUUUAAAAGCUAGUCGCAAAGGAACUUCUCUUAAUCGCAACACAAAGAAUUUAAACCGUUAUAGCCGUAAAAUGGACAAAAUGUUAGAGUAAUUAAUCACCCCAUUGGAACCCUCUGACGUGUCAGAUGAAGUCAAUUAACAAGAGGACCAUGGAGAAUGCAAAGGGGUCAGAGCCAGAAAUAGACAGGAAAUCUUAUCACUCAUCCGUUUUUAUCAAUAAUCCGUUUUCAUCGCCGCCGGACCAUAUUUAUAAGAUUUGAUUGAUAAGCAACGUUUUUCACCCGCAUAUUUAUGCCAUGCAACGGAUUAAUUUCGAUCCUUGCGUAAAAAUACCUCACGUACGUUGUUUUUGGUUCACGGCAUUCGUUAACAAUCACGAGAAUAAUUUUUUUUGUGGACAUUCUGGAUGAGAAAAAAAAUAGUCCUUCCGUAGACGUCAUGCAUUUCCCUAAAUCUUUUUUGUUUUUGUUUUUUUGCCAUUUUGUAAUUAUGAUAUAUCAGUAGAAAUAAAAAGGGAGUUACAUAUACAUUAAUAUAAUAUAGCUGAAGAUUUAGUAUGAGGCGAGGAAACCCGUAGGGAAACCAAGAGGGUUAUACGAGCUGCAGGCUCCUAAUAUUUUACAAAGGUGAGUUAUCAGUUUUAUGGCAUGAUUUAGGUAAAAAAUAUUUUAGGUUGAAAAGGAGAGGACACACACGCAUUAAACAACUACAACAAUAACAGACACUCAAAUAAACAUAUGCUUAAAAGCAGCCUGAGAAAAAUAAGAAAAUAAAAUAAUAAAUAAAUGAAUAGUCUGCAGUA